UACCAUCAAAGUCAAACCAUGUUGACGAGUGCAAAGACAAGAGUCAGUCAAGUCCUAAACCACUUUACCAACCCAACAAGGAGCUUCACAUUGUCAAAAUCCAGUAUGGCAAAGCUAGACAUCAACUCGACCGUUCGCAUGAACUCAGGUUACGAGAUCCCACUCCUCGGCUACGGAGUCUACCAAACACCCAUGGACAUUGCUGAAGAAGUCACUGCCCAUGCUGUCAAGUGCGGCUAUCGUCAUGCCGACUCAGCAGCUGCGUACCGCAACGAGGCGCCUACAGCGGCCGGUCUACUCAAGGCUCAAGUCCCUCGCUCAGAGCUCUUCUUUACAUCUAAAGUGCCUCCCAAAGCCGUCAACUAUGAUGCGGCCAAAGCUGUCGUUGACGAGUCGCUACGACUGACCGGGUUGGACUACAUUGAUCUUUACCUCCUGCAUGCGCCGUAUGGCGGUAAAGAAAAUAGAUUGGGUGCUUGGAAGGCGUUGGUUGAGGCGGUAGAGGCCGGAAAGGUAAGAAGUAUUGGUGUGAGCAACUAUGGCGUACACCAUCUCGAUGAGCUUGAGGAGUGGAUCAAGCAGACUGAGGAGAAGGAGGGCAAGGGGAAGGGCGGUUUGUUGAGUGUCAAUCAGGUAGAGUUGCAUCCUUGGUUGGCUAGAGACGACAUUGUGGAAUGGUGCAAGAAGAGAGGUGUCGUUCUGGAAAUCGAUGACCCUCUUCUUACACCCCUGGCAAAGAAGUACACCAAGACGACCUCCCAGAUUUUACUCCGCUGGGGCCUGCAAAAGGUAUUUGAUCCUUGA